AUGAAGAGUACAGAUGAGGUGACCAUCGCAAAUCGCACUGCUUUUACCUGGAGUUAUCCGGUAAAGACACGACGAAUUAUAAGACUGGAAUGGGAUCAAAUGUUGAAUUAUGCUAAUCGUUCACGUAUCAGUCGACAGCCAUCGCUUCCGUGA